AUGGAACCUGGGUCGAGUGAUCCUACACAACUAUAUCUACAACCAUCCCAUCGUUCACAGUCUAUAUGGGAGGCCUCCUCCACAGUUGUUUUGAGUUGUCGACGAAGAGAGGCAGCAUCUCAGCGCACGAUCCCAUUCGAUCAGCGUAUUGUACCAUAUUUAAAGGCUGGUGGAUUUCUAGGGGCUUCCCAUAUAGGAUUUAUGCAAUUGGGCUGGCAUUUGAUUACUGCUCUGGUCGAGCGUUGGAGACUAGAGACCCACACAUUUCAUAUGCCUUGUGGGGAAUGCACGAUCACCCUACAGGAUGUUGCAGUUCAGUUAGGGCUACCUGUGGAUGGUGAGCCUGUGGUAGGGUCGUUAUUAUAUGACUGGAAGUUCACAAAAUUGCCACUGGAUGCUGAUGAUGUGAGCGUUCAAAGAUACGCUCGUGCAUACAUUAUGCAGUUAAUUGGAGGUUUUCUAUUUGCAAACAAAUCAAACACUCUGGUCCACUAUAUGUUCCUCCUACUUUUAAUUAAUUUUGACCAGGCUGGUACUUAUGCUUGGGACGCUGCAUGCCUCGCAUGGUUGUGUGGGGAAUUGUGUCGAGCGAGUAAUGCACGAUCUUUAGAGAUUGUUGGCCCAUUAAUAUUGUUGCAAGUAUGA